AUGUCCGAGGCUGGACCUCUCCUUCAGCAGCAAGCACAGCUGGAGGAGACAAAUACAGUGUGCAAGUGCUUUCCUCUGUGUUCCCCUGUGCAGAAGAGAGAUGACGAGCUGGAGCUGGACCCAGACCCAGACCCAGACCCACCACUGCAGGGAAACUGCUGCAGCUGCACCAGAGAGGAUCUUCCAGAAGUGAUGCCAGAGAUAAUCCAAGACGUUUUGAAGCACCGCACCACGUACCGAGCUCACCUCCCUGGUGCAGGCAUCUUCCAGUGCUCCAUCACAGGCCCCGGCUUUAAGGUGGAGUCAGCAGCAACCAUCACCUACAGGUACGCCACCUGGAGCAGGCACCUCAGCAAGGCUGAUGAGGAAAUGUGGGUGCCCGCCGGACCCCUCUUCCACAUCAAGGUGCAGCCCAGGGUUGUGCAGACAGUGCAUCUCCCCCAUUUCAUCUGCCUGGCAGAAGAUGUAAACACCAGCCUAUGCUCCAUUGCCCAUUUUAAAUCUGAGAAGAUAAUCCUGGAGAAACCAACCAGGCUGGUCGCAUUCUCUGCUGUCCUGGAGAAUCCCAGCUUCUCACUGCUUGGGGUGCUUUGGAGGAAGUUACGUUCAACCCUAAAUUCAUUUCCUAUGCAUUCUUUGGUGCUGAUCUACCAGCAGCUCAGGGCUGCAAAUACAACUCUUCAUCUCUACCUGAUCCCAGAUGACAACUCUGUGAAGCAGGCUGUUGAAAACCAAGAAAAGGAUUGGAAUUCAAAGCUUAUUCCCAAGCCGUUCAACCCUCUGUUCUUCGACUGCAUUUACUGGGUGAUCAGUACAGAUUUGGUGGUGAUAACACUUGAAGCACGCUUGCCCUUUUAUUACAAGAGUCUAAAGGAACAGCAGCUCUUUGUCGAGAUCUACAUCAAGAACAUGGCAGAGGAAAUUGGGCUCCUUAUGACAAACACACGUGAUAAUAUCGAGGUCUGGAGGGCAUAGCUGAGGUCAGGUGAUAUUAAUCCUCCUGCCUUUGUCUCCAUGACUAUGUCAGGUGCAGCAUUCUUGAAGAAGCACAAGGCUAAACGUUGUUCCAGGAUGAGUCAGUUCUCCACCAUUCUGCUGCAUUUAUGGGAUGCAAAAGUCAUCAAUAGUGAUGAAGAAGAGGAGGUGCAAGGUCAAAAUAAGAGUCUAACAAGGCACGUAAUUUUGCUGGAUCUAAUUGAGAAGGAAGGUCUGGAGGCCCAGGAACAGCUCUACCAGAUCCUCCGGAUGAAAGACCAGUAUGUCGUUGCAGAUCUGGAGAAGUCCAUCUAAGCCUGGAAAAGCAGAACCGGUUUUGCUCCCGUUGCUCAGCUUAUGAGAGCAAUGGAAGGGCAGUUACAAUGUGGAAUCCCAACAUUACAAUGCAAAAUCCAAUGCAAAAUGCAAUUAUCCCUCUGAGCAUCCUGGUCCCAGGCCUGCAUUGCUUGGCUGACUCUAUUGCCAGCAGCGGAUAGUGUCAUGACAGCCACUGGUGAGAAGCUGCUGGAACAAGAGACCUUGGUUCACAAUGCAGUGUCAAUACCUUGGAUCUGUCUUCUUCCUGAGUCAGGGCCCUACCUCUCCAGAAGCUCCAGGCAGCUGCUGGCAGAGGAGCAAACAAGCAUCCUGACCCCAGCAGCAGCCAGGCAAAGGAGCCCCUCCCAAAGGAAAAUACCAGAAGAGAUUCUUGAGCAACCUGCUCUAGUGGAAGGUGUCCCUGCCCGUGGCAGGGGGUUGGAACUGGAGGAGCUUUGAGGUUCCUUCAACCCAAACCAUUACACGAUUCCACAAUUCAGGUUCAUGCAUCUUCAGGGAAAGUCUGACUCAAUACUUAGACACAGGCUGGGAGGGGUGCAGGAAUGGACCACUGCAGGUGGGAAGGGGAACCAGGAAGAACAAAGCAGGGAGAGGCAGGAAGAUGUAUUAAAAGGGGCCAUUUGAUUAUAAACCAGGCUGAGCCCUGUGCCGGUCACCACAGUCUGUCCUGGCUUUUUCUAUUUUCAUAUUAAACG